UAUUUAAUCCUGGAAUGCAAAUCCAAUCUUGGGUAACUUCUCUUAAUCUAUGGAAUGUUAGAGAAUCCCAUCUGUGUCAAUAUCCGUUUCUUGCCAUGGAUAUGACUGAAUCGAAUGAACAUAAUAUGAACGAAGGGCUCGGUGAAGAAACAGUUAUUUUAAAUGUCGGAGGGGUGAAGUAUGAGACUUACCGUUCCACGCUGACAGCGUAUCCAGAAACUUUUCUCGGUACAAUGUUCCAAGAACGGAAUCAAGAAUUAUUAAAAUCAAGGAAUGGUAACGAAUAUUUUAUUGAUCGUUCGGGACAGAUAUUCCAUUACAUCAUGCAAUUCUAUCGGACAGGGAAAAUUUGUUAUGGGGAUCAAAGUGAGUGUCAAGGGUUUGUUGUAGGAUCAACGCAAAUCAGUCUCAAGGAAAUAGAAACGGAAUUAGAUUACUUUCAGAUCCCACGUCCAACGGCGUCAGUCAUAGACAAAAUCGCCAUAGCAAAAGUGAGCAAUAUAAUUGAUGCAUUCAAAAAAUUAAUCGGAGAAGUAUCGGAAAUUUACAUGAAGGAGAAAUCGUUCAAGGAAUUUAAAGCUGACAUCGAUAUAUUAUUUUUGGACAAUGGUCAAGCCACUGUAAAAACGGGAUUAGAGAAGACAGGCUUGUCCGGUGUAUUUUCAAAUACUAAGAAUUAUGCAUAUAGUAUCAUGUCCUUGUUCAAAGAUGAAAUCAAGGAUCAUCUGGAAAAUGAGUAUCCCGAGUUGACUUGGGUACAUCAACAUAACGGCGAGGAGCUGCAAUACUGGAAGAUCAAAAUUACUUUAGCCUGGAGCUUAAAUCACGAAAGAAUCUUGGCCAAUGUUUUGAAAUAUGUAACUUAA